UUUAGAUACGCUGCAGUCCGUUGGAUUAUUGAGAAUAACCACCCGCUUCGUAAGUUUGAAACACUAGCUUUCAAACAGAUGAUCGCAUACGUAAACCUAGAGGCAGCAGCAGCCCUAUGGGUAAGUCACCAAAGUGUAUUAGCGUACGUCCUACGCCUGUAUCACUGCCUGUAG